CACAUCAUCAUCAGCUGGAUGAUUUUUGUGGCAUUUUUACUCGGGACUUUUGGCAAUGCCAUCAACAUCAUUGUGUUUAUAAAACUGGGAUUUAGCGACACUGUGAACAUCAGCCUCUUCGCCCUGUCCAUCUCCGACCUGGCCUGCCUGUGGUCGUUGGCAUGGCUCAUCGUCUGCUACUACCCGCCAUUCUUCUACGCUGACCUCCCGUUCGUGCCUUAUGAGAUAGAGAACGUCACAGCGGGUUGGCCCCGCAUCUGCUUUGUCCGCAUGACGGCGUUGAUAACGUCCUACAUCGCACUCGAGCGUUGCGUCUGCAUAGUGCUUCCGCUGAAGGUGAAGACGCUCCUGACGCCGCGUCGCGUUGUGUUCAUCCUGGUGACGAUUUGCGCCCUCAUGAUCAUCAGCAUCGUUCCGAUAUUUCCGGUCACACCUUUUGUGUGGAAGCUCCUGCCGUCCACCAACCGCACUGUCCUCGGGACCAUAUUUGCGCCCAACAGAGACGACGUCUCCAACACGAUGUACAUUUUCAGCAACGCCUACAGCUACGCGGCGUUUAUUUCAAUAUCGUGCUUCACGGCAAUUCUAGUGGGGCAGCUGCGCACCAAAUCGAAAUGGCGCAAUAUCGCUGCGUCUGUCAACAAUUCUGGUUCGGUGUCUAAGCGAGACCAAAAAGUCGUGAAGAUGGUCGUGGUGAUAUCCGCGGUUUUUAUCGUCUGCUUCUUUCCGGAGACGGUCAUCUACAUCGGCACGGUGAUCAAUCAGGAUUUCCGUGUUGCCGGGCGUUACCGCAACUUCUUCUUCAUUGUCAACUCCAGUAUGUAUUUCCUGGAGGUGACUAACUCCAACGCCAAUGUUAUAAUUUACAUGAGAAUGAGCUCUAAGUUUCGUAGAGCCUUUAACGCCAUCAUCUCAUUCAAAAAGAAAGAAAAAUCAUUUUAA